AUGGUGAGUACCACGUACACCGAUAAAGGCCCGAAACCCGACGGUGGCAAGUUUCUCUCGUUCGACCACAUUACGUUCUAUGUGGGCAACGCCAAACAGGCGGCCAGCUAUUACACAACUCGCUUCGGCUUUGAGGACUACGCCUACCAGGGCCUGGAGACCGGAAGCCGCCAGCUGGUGAAACAUGCCGUCCGUCAGAACCGGAUCGUGUUCGUGUUCGUGUCGGCGUACGAGCCGGGUCACCGUGAGCUCGGAGACCACCUGGUACGUCACGGAGACGGAGUUAAGGAUGUUGCUUUCGAGGUAGAGGACCUCGACGUGAUCGUGCGCCGGGCGAAGGAGCGCGGGGCCAAGGUGGUGCGUGACGUGUGGGAAGAGUCGGAUGAGCACGGUACGGUGCGCUUUGCAACGGUGCAAACGUACGGCGAUACGGUGCAUACGUUCGUCGAGCGGCACCGCUACCGGGGCCUGUUCCUGCCUGGAUUCAAGCCUCCACUGCACACGGAUGUGUUGCUCCGUCUGCUGCCAACGGUGGGGCUGAACUUUAUCGAUCACGUCGUGGGCAAUCAGCCGGAUUUGCAGAUGGAAUCGGUUGCCGCGUGGUACGAGAAGGUGCUCAUGUUUCACCGUUUCUGGUCGGUGGACGACAGCCAGAUCCACACGGAGUAUUCGGCCCUGCGCUCGAUCGUGAUGACCAACUACGAAGAAACUGUCAAGAUGCCAAUCAACGAACCGGCAAAGGGGAAGAAGAAGUCACAGAUCGAAGAGUACGUAGAGUACUACGGUGGAGCCGGCGUACAGCACAUUGCCCUCAACACGAGCGACAUCAUCGGAGCGAUCCGAAAUUUGCGUGCCCGUGGCCAGCAAUUCCUCUCCAUUCCCGACGCGUACUACGAUCAGCUGCGCGAGCGACUUAAGUCGAGCAGUGUAAAGAUCAAGGAGGAUCUGGCGGUGCUGCAGGAGCUGAAGAUUCUGAUCGACUACGAUGAGAACGGAUACCUGUUGCAAAUCUUUUCCAAAAACAUGCAAGACCGACCGACACUUUUCAUCGAGGUUAUUCAACGACACAAUCACAAUGGUUUCGGUGCAGGAAACUUCAAAGCUCUAUUCGAGGCGAUCGAGGCGGAACAGGAAAAACGAGGAAACUUGUAAGCGGUUCAGUUAUGGAUGACUGAUUUAUGGAUAAUCCAAUCAACAAUAUUUGCGUUGGAAGAUUUCAGUUGCAAAA